AUGAUUAUUGCUACUUCUUUGGAUGGUUCUAUUAGAGGUAUAGGACGUUACGAUAGUCAAGUGUAUUGGACAAUACGUGGUGGUCAACAAGCUUCUUUAGUCAAAUCCAAUGCAAACCAUCAGAGUCGACUAGUACAGGAUUCACUACCUCAAUCUAACUCUAUAUUUGACAAUGACAAUAAUGAUUAUUAUAACAAAUACGACUAUCAACAUACUUAUGACGAAAAGGUAUACAAUAACAUGGCUCCUUUGUUGGAGGAAAAGGUCACACCGGAUAAUGAAAAAGCUGUUAGACUAUGGAACAACCUUCCUCAAAAUUACAAUGUUUCAUAUAUCAUUGAACCAGUGAAUGGUGGCAUUUUAUAUUUACAUAUUGAAGGGGAACCUUUGCAGAAACUUCCUUUUACAAUGAAAGAUAUAGUGGAUAGGUCCUUUAUUACUGAAGAUGGUGUUGUAUACAUUGGUGAAAAGUCUACCUUGAUGAUCGCAUUGGAUCCAAUUGCUGGCAAGAUUCUAAGAAAAUUCGACCUUCAAGACUCCCAAUAUGAUGUUAUGAUGGAUUCCAAAACUCACUUCCCACCACAUACCAUCUAUCUCGCUCGAAAUGAAUACAAGGUCAGGAUCAAUGAUUUGAAAAAGAAUAUGCAUUGGCGUUUGACUUUUAGCGAAUAUGAACCAAAUGCAAUGAAAUGGAACCUACCAGAAGAUAUGACAGCACCUGAUAUCUAUAUUGCUCCGGAUUCUGAAAGGGGAAUUACUGCCAUCAACCUUACAAGUGGUGAUUUUAUUUGGACAAAGAAUUUACCUUAUCCUGUUGUUACGGUUUUUGAUGUUUAUCGCAACUCAGACUUCUCACUGGUAUUAUCUCAACAAAUUCCUCCAACACAACUCAACAAAGGAACGAUCGGAAACAUCACCAAAACACUCGACUCGCAUCAACUCUCCUCAGCAUAUGUCAGUGUUCAUGAAGGUACUUUAUAUGCAUUAUCAGUGGAAAACUUCCCUCUUGUACAACUUGCCGAAUGGUCAUUCAUCUAUACGGGAAAAAUACCAGGUGCUAACUUGCGAUUAUUGGAUUCUGGCGAUGCAGUAGUUGCUCCUCAAUCAGAAUACAAAGCAGAUCGAUUGAUUGGUCAAAAUCUAGUAGAAACAACAGCACUUCCAACACCACCUCUUCCUGACAAUGAUAGAAAAACUAUCGACGGUACACCAAGUGAUCAAGGAUUACAUAAUACUAUCGACAAUUCAGACACGAACUCGUUUUAUUAUACGAUUGGACAGCAUUGGAAACUUUAUCUCAUUCUAUUACUGACUACUGCUUAUAUGAAUCGAAAAAUUGGAUGGCAACUCUAUAUUUUACAUAUUUUACCCGUAUGGACAAAAUUCAUGAAUCGAUAUCGUAACAAUCAACGUAAUGGUCCUAAUAUUGUCCAAAAAACGGAAAGAACGGAAGAUUUCGAUACCAACAGAGUAACAACAACAACAACAGCAACGACAACAAUAGACGAGAUUUCAGCUACCGAAAAUUUACAGCAUGAAAAUAACUCAACUUUAUCGAUACCCUCUUCCGUUGCCGCUGUAUCAACAUCAACAAUCAAAGAUACUCAAACUUCACAAAACGACAUUGAUCAACAUAUACAUAAUAGUUCAUCAGACAAACAAAAUGUUUCCCCUUCUAUCAAACCUCGUGGUUUGGAUUUACAAGCUUUUCAACCUACCAAAUCAAGUGUACUCAGUAUAUCAGACUCUGUUUUGGGAUAUGGAAGUCAUGGGACAGUAGUAUACAAGGGUACUUUUGAUGGAAGAGCGGUAGCAGUUAAACGACUUUUAAUUGAUUUUUAUGAUGUCGCUCUUCAAGAAGUGAAGCUUUUACAAGAAAGUGAUGAUCAUCCCAACGUGAUUCGGUAUUUUUACAAGGAAGAAACGGAUAGGUUCUUAUACAUUGCUUUGGAACUCUGUUUUGGCUCAUUACAAGAUUGCAUGGAUCGCUCACUUGCCAUCUCUGAUAUGAAACUAUACGAUCAAGUGGAUCCUGCAAACAUUCUUCAUCAAAUCACCAAUGGUAUUCAGCAUCUUCAUUCACUUAAAAUUGUACAUCGUGAUCUCAAACCUCAAAACAUCUUACUGGCACCGGCAAAACAUCAAGUCAACAAGGAUAGUCCUUCUAUGCGUAUUUUGAUAUCCGAUUUUGGUCUGUGCAAAAAACUGGAUGGCGAACAAAGCAGUUUUCAUUAUACGGCAGCAUCACCAGCUGGGACGUCAGGAUGGAGAGCACCGGAAUUACUGGCAGGUGUGCUAGCAGCAUCUGGAUCCGACAAUACCAAUUUCAGUAAUAGUAGUAGUAAUGGUCAUAGUAAGGAUAUGGAUCCCAAUCGUAUCGGUAGAGUCAAGGCAACAAGGGCAAUUGACAUCUUCUCCACCGGUUGUAUAUUCUAUUAUGUUCUAUCGAAUGGUGAUCAUCCUUUUGGAAAUCGAUUUGGAAGGGAGAGCAAUAUUCUGAAAGGUGAUUAUGACAUUUCGAAAUUGGAAACCAUGGGUGAAGACGGUAUAGAAGCUAUGGAUCUCAUUGACGCCAUGAUUAGUACCAAUCCUCGAUCAAGACCGACGGCAGCACAGGUACUAGCACAUCCCUUCUUUUGGUCAACGUCAAAACGACUUGCUUUUCUUCAAGAUGCAUCCGAUCGGUUUGAAGUAGAACAACGUGAUCCUCCAUCAUUGCUUUUACAAAGUUUGGAAAAGGAUGCCAAAAAAAUUGUUGGUUAUGAUUGGUAUCGUAGAAUUGAUCGUGUUGUGGCUAAUGAUUUAGGCAAGUUUAGAAAAUAUGAUGGAAAACGAGUUCGUGAUUUACUUCGUGCUCUUCGUAACAAGAAACAUCAUUGGCAAGACUUACCCGAUGCAGUUAAACGUACCCUUGGUGAACCCCCUGAUCAAUUCCUUUAUUACUUCACAGCUAGAUUCCCUCUUUUACUUUUACAUACUUAUCAUAUUAUUCUUAGUCAUGAUCAUUUGACUCGAGAAGGUGCUUUACGACAAUACUUUUGA